AGCUAAAGAGCGUGACAACAAAUACAUCACUAGAUAAAUCCUAACAGACAGAGAGAGAGACACACACAGAGAGUGACUAAAUCGGAAAAAAUGGCGUCUUGGAUAAAACCGGUGCUAAUCUCAACUGGCUUCGUGGCCAUGGGUAUGCAUCUAAAGGUCAUUGUUCCUGUGGCAGUAGAUUUCUCGCAAGCUCCGAUCCUUUUGAGUUCCUUUACCUCGUGGCUGAAACCGCCGUAUCUCUACGUCAUCACCAACGUCAUCAUCGUCGUAAUCGGAGUUUCCUCCAGGUAUUACCGGUGCAUCACCAGCAACGACGGAAAAGACUACGAGGUUUCAUACGGUGGCGACUACAAGAAUCAUCAGACUGAGCAGCAGAUCUUUCACCGAGCUCCUCCACGGCGGCCGGAGACGAAGGAUGAAGAUUUCAGUUUCUUCGCCGCAACUCCACCGGCCAAUAUAGUCGUCGAGGAGAAGGAGAGACCGGAGGCGGUCAGGGAGAAGCUAGCAGAAUCGGAGGCGGAGGUCGAGGAGGAAAAGAGGUGUUUAGUGGAGGUGGCCAAACCGGAAAGUAUGAUUCCGGUUGAGAAGCCGCUGGUUUCGGCUAGGAUCGGCCAACGGAAACCGGUUAAGACCACAACAGCAGAGCGAAACUCGUUGAGAGCGUUGAGAGUGGCGAAGCCGAAGAAGAACGAGACGCUGGAGAACACGUGGAAGAUGAUAAGGGAAGGGAAGCCGUUGACUAGUUAUUAUAGGAGACUGGACACGUUUGGAAUUGGCGUUAGCGAUUCGAACAAGACAAAACAAUUCGGCGGUUUGAAAAAAUCGGAGACGUUUGGUGACAGAACCAAUUAUUACCUGUCACCGGCGGUUUCACGGAGUCGAGAUGAGCUGAAUAGAAGAUCAGAAGCGUUUAUCAAAAAAUGCAACGACGAGAGGUUCGAGUCGAUGAGACAGGACAAAGAAGUGGCUCGUCGUGGUCUUUCGUUUUAGGCUUUUAGCUAUGGAGUUUGUAUAUUUAUAUUUGUUUGUUUUAUAUUUCUAAUUUUGGUUGCAUUUCUUCUAUACGCCAAAAACAACCGGACAAAAGGAAAGUGACAAAUGUAGAAAGAAAGUCAUGAAACAUAAUUCCCUAGUGGCUAUUGGGUAAGGGUGGUUCAUCUGGCUAAAGAUAAA